CCUGAGUCCGACUCGCUUGUGAGUCUCCACUCGUGAGUCUUCACUGUUCAGGCUGGAGUCUGGGCUUCGCAACUUCAUGCAGAUUGACAAAGACGGUUGCUUAGAAGUGUCCACCUGGGGCGCCCAGACAACGUUGGCAGCUGCGAAUAAGCUUAGCUUGCUUAGAAGCGUCGUUCGAAGCACUUGAUUUGGUGGACUCCCUUUGUAAUCCAGCACUCUAGGUCGUAGCUACAUCAGCAGCGGUCUGAUUGCUUGGAUUGAUAUUCCCAAGGUUUGACGGUUGGGGAUAUCAAAGCUUAGAAGCACCAGGUCGAGAACGACGCGAAGUGUGCUUCACAACGAGGCUCUCUUCCACCAGCCACAUAGCUGCUGCUUCGUCUUCCUCAAGGGAUUAGGUGUGGACCUUACAUGACACAUGUACUGACCGCUCGGUGGUCCUCAUUGGGAGGUGUCACAUUGAGUCUGUGAGCUGCCACCACUAGAAGCAGCAUCAGAGCUUUAGCGGCCCUGCAAAUUCCAAGUCAACUGGAAACUUCAAGGCAAAGAAAGGAGCGAUCAGUGCACAGGAGCAAACGGAGGGGGAGACCACUGGGCAGCGAUCCGUUUGGUGCAUUCUUCCGCUAGAUUAUCUUGGAGUAUGCGCACAAAUCGGAUAACUUAGCAGCCGGGAGGCGAAGAGAAAUGGGGAGCGUUAUCGGUUCCUGUGCAGGGGCCUGUGCUGCGUCCUGUAUCUGCCAGGCCUGCGCCGGCGCCAAUCGCUCGGCCGCUCGGUUUAUCUACGCAGCCAUCUUCUUCAUCACUGUCAUUCUAGCAUGGAUCAUCAGGGACUACUCGGGCGACUGGCUGAAGACAUUACAUCAGUUCAAAGCAUGUAAAGAUGUUGGGAUCGGGAACCCAAACCACUGCGUUGGCUCGGAGGGAGUCCUCCGCCUUAGCUUCAGCGGGUUCAUCUUCUUUGCGGUCAUGUUCUUGACCACGCUAGGAACGAAAAGCAAGGAGGAUUGCCGGGAUAGUUGGCACUCAGGCUUCUGGCCCAUCAAAAUCAUCUUCUGGCUGGGGCUGCUCAUAGUACCAUUCUUCAUGCCGUCGGGCUUCUUCCAGGUGUAUGGCGAGAUCGCGCGCUUCGGCUCCGGCAUCUUUCUAGUCAUUCAGCUGGUCACCCUGCUCAACUUCGUGUACGAGUGGAACGACGCGUGGCUCGCAGACGACAACGAGCGCCGCUGCCGGAUCCCGCUCGUCGGAGUUUCCCUCUUCUGCUACCUCCUCAGCCUGGCGCUCAUCAUUUUGAUGUUCGUCUGGUUUUCGCCGCGCGCGAGCUGCAGCCUCAACAUCUUCUUCAUCACCUGGACGCUCAUCCUGAUCCUGGUCAUGACGGUCGUGUCUUUGCACCCGCAGGUGAACGCGGGGCUGCUGACGUCAGGUGUGAUGGCGCUAUACAUGGUGUUCCUGUGCUACAGCGCGAUCAUGAGUGAGCCGGCGUCGUACUCCUGCAACACGAGGCCCCGGCAAACGGGGAGGUCGGACUGGGUGUCCAUCGUGAGCUUCUUGCUGGCGUUUAUCGCGAUCAUCAUCUCGACAUUCACGGCCGGUGGCGACUACCGGGCGUUCCAGUUCAAGAAGGAAGCCAGCUUGGACGCGGACGAAGUGCCGUACGCGUAUGGCUUCUUCCACUUCGUCUUUGCAAUGGGCGCCAUGUACUCGGCGAUGCUCUUUUUGGGCUGGAACCUUAACACGACGUCAGCGAAGUGGUCCAUUGACGUCGGGUGGGCGAGCGUGUGGGUGAAGAUUGUGUCCGAGUGGGUGACCUUCGGCCUCUACCUUUGGACGAUGCUUGCGCCCCUCUUCCUCAAAGAUAGAUCGUUCUACUAAUUGUGACCUUGCUCCGGUCAGCGUACACCCGUCAACUACUGAGGGGCUAUCUUGUAGCAUGGAAUGUCAGAGCAUCUGUGAGGGGCUAGUCCUGUAGCGGAAGGUCAGAGCAUCUGACUCUGUUGUUAUGCAUCAAUCAGCGGACGCGAUGCCACGUUAGAUUCUGACGUGAGGAGCUUGAUUAGAUAAGACAACAUUAACACCGUGGGGUUAGGACAUUGAUACAGAACCUUGCGCGCUGGCCGGCGAUGCCGACAAAGGCAUCCUAACUUUCAUAGUUGAGAAAGUGAGAAUUGAGCCUAAACGUGAUAUGCGGCCACAGCUUGCAUGAUACGAUCGACGGAUGUGGG